AUGUAUCUUCUAAGGCAGGUUCUUAAAGACAUUUGCUUACAAAAUGGCUGGACGUACUCGGUAUUUUGGAGGUUGAAGCGCCGCGCUGUACCUCGGACACAGCAGAGUGUGCCUUCAAGAGGAAAUCGCAUCAUGAAACGACAGGAGGAUGACGAAUGGGUUCUGAUGUGGGAGGACGGUUAUCUCGUUCCGCAAGCUGUUCUGAAGAAGCUGGACGCUCAGAUGGAACGGUUAAGGGACGCAGCUGUAGGUGGCGCUACUGGCUGCAGCGCUCAAAAUCCCGCGCUGGAGCAGCUCUCAUACGACUGGAAGCUGCUGCACGCCAGCUUCCUUAGAUUCUCGUACCAGAUCUACAACUAUGGUGAAGGAUUGAUGGGGCAAGCAGUGUCAGCAGAGGCAGCCGAGUGGGUCUAUAAUGAUUCCAAGUACUACAGGGCAGAUGCUCUUGACUCCGUGCAGAACCAACACCCGCCAGGAUGGGAUGAACAUUUCGCGUCUGGCAUCAAGACUAUCGCUGUGAUCCCAGUUCCUGGCGGAGCCGUACAGAUCGGUUCUGUUCUCCCGGUACGCACCAACGCCAUCGCAAUCCUGUGA